GAGGGAGGGAGGGGGAGCCGUUCAUGUCACGAAUGGAGUGAUUCAAUCACAAGUAUGAAGGCCGACGGGGGGGCCCGCGUGGGGGGGGGCAGUUGGUUCCGGACCCCAGUAAAGCCAACGUGUGCUCACGAGAAGUUCUACACGGAGGGACCUGAGGAGCUGCGGACAGCGCGCAUGGCCAUUGCCAGGUACUCGCUGCUGCGGGCCAAGGCGCGGCUGCAGGGAGCCAAGCGGCGGAGAGAGGACCCGCGGGAGCUGGAGGCUGUGAGCUGCCUGUACCGCUCCAGUGUGAGCUCCGCCCGGGCCGUGGUGCAGCAGUGCUCGGAGCUGGGUGACAGCCGCCCCAUCAGCCACUGCGCCUUCUCGCCGGACGGCGCCAGCCUGGCCGCUUGCGGCUGGGGCGGCUCGCUGUCGGUGUGGUCGGUGCCGGCCGUCACCAAGCGCUGGGCGGCGCCGCUGCCCAAGGACACGCCGCGCUUCACGGGCGUGGCCUGGCAUCCCGCGGCCUCGGGGCUGGGCGCAGCGGCGGCGGCGGGCGACAUGCAGGCGGAGGGGCCGGGCGGGGGAGCAGGAGGAGCUGGAGGGGGUGGGGGAGGUGUGGUGCAGCUGGCCACGGGCGCCUCGGACGGCGUGUGUCGCCUGUACAGCGGGAGCGGCGAGGUGGUGCGAACGCUGGAGGGGCACACAGACCGACUGGCGCGAGUGGCAUUCCACCCCAUGGGCGGACACGUGGCCACCGCCAGCUUCGACGGCACGUGGCGGCUGUGGGACGCCGCCACCGGCGCCUGUCUGCUGGAGCAGGAGGGCCACAGCCGCGCAGUGUACGGACUGGCCUUCCAGCCGGACGGCAGCCUGGCGGGCAGCGCGGGGCUGGACGCGUACGGCCGCAUCUGGGACUGCCGCACAGGCCGCUGCGUGCUGACGCUGGAGGGGCACGUCAAGGCAGUGCUGGCCAUUGACUUCGCGCCGGACGGAUACCACCUGGCCACGGGCAGCGAGGACCACUCGGCAAAGAUCUGGGACCUGCGCAAGCGCGGCUGCGUGUACACCCUGCCCGCCCACAACUCGCUGUUGUCGUGUGUGCGCUACGAGCGAUCCGGAGGCCACGUGCUGCUCACAGCCGGAUACGACUGCGUGGCCAAGCUGUGGAGCUGCCGCGACCACAAGUUGCUCAAGCUGCUGGCGGGGCACGAGGGCAAGGUCAUGGGCGCGGACAUCAGCCCCGACGGCAGCCACACAGUCGCCACUGUGGCCUACGACCGGACCAUCAAGCUGUGGGCGCCGGAGGCGCCGCCGGCCGCGCCGGCGUGAGGCGCGCCGGCGUGCGGGGCGGAGGAGGGAAGCCGUCAGGGAGCGGGGGACGCUUGCAGAGCUGGGGGCUUGCGGUGGUGUGGUGUGGGAUGAGGAGUGUGUGAAGGAGAAGGAGGAGGAGGAGGAGGAGGAGGAGGAGGAGGAGGAGGAGGAGGAGGAGGAGGAGGAGGAGGUGGAGGAGUUGUGCCGGGUGGCGGCGCGGCGCUGUAUUGGUCGCGGUGGGGCUGGAGCUGGAGAAGUGCAAGGCACGUGGUGCGGCGUGGCGAUCACGGUGGCUGUGGUCGGUGGUGGCUGCAUCAGAGAGGCGACGGCGUCAGUGUGAGCUUUGAAGUCGGAGUGCAAGACCGGAGGGCCGACCCAUUGGGUCCCCCGGACAGCCGGUGAGGGGGGAGGGCGGCGGGACGCAAGAACAGUUGUGCGGUAUGGUACGGGGGCUCUGACAGU